UGAGUAAGUAACAGCUACCUACCUAGAAGAAAAGACCGGUCGGGGGUGAGGUGGGGAGAACGGCACAUCUCAUUCCGAGUCGAUUGUAUGGCUGUUGGCAAUACCAUGACUCCUCGAAUCUGUGACGAUUUACAGUUGCAAGCAGAGCCAACAAUUCUUGAUGGCAAUUGAAUCCGGACAGUCCGUAAUGAAUCCAUCGUCAGAGGCAACCAUUCUCACGUCACACAGCAAAAACACACCGUGCAUAGACGGGAAACUGAAACCAUAACUAACCCCCCAUCCUUGCCUCGAACUGCGACGCGCUACAGAUCGCGAACCCUCGGUCGACAUCAUCUCAAACCCACCACCUUCCAACACCUCCAUAUGCGAACCAACCUCCCCGCCACGCUCGAACCGAUACCCAAAUGCUCCACGAGCUCUUCCUACUACUCUCCGGAAACCCAUCGCCGCUGCUCACCGCAAAUGGCCUCCUUAAAUCCUUCCCCCUCGUUUCGCCCUCGGAAAGAGCUCUAUUAGAUAACUUCUCGAACCUCGGCCACCUCCAUAUCUCUCUGCGACGUGCUUGCUCCAGCAUCACUACCUCGCACCCCUCAACGAUCGCGCGCGCAGUAGCAAGCGGCAUCGAAACACACCAUCUGCAGCGCUUUCGCACGCGAAUACUGGCUGUCGAGGAGUCUAUACUGAAGCGACAAACCGGGAUUGUCGAUGGUUAUGAUAUCGUGUCACUAGCGAAAGUUAUGAGCGGAUUUGACGGGUGGGAUAGGAUACUGCGGUAUCUUAGCGACCUUGUGGAGGCGAUCGCACCGAGUAAGGAAAAGGAUGGGGUCCAUAUGUCCGGCGCGGAGAUUAUAAACAGAUUGCGGAAGGAUAUUUACACUGGUUAUCCGUCGCUGGAGGAGGCAUCGUUGCACCUACUCGAGAUCGCUGAGACAGCGUGGUUGCGGGAGAUAUCGACGUGGGUGCUGUACGGUCGGCUUCCGUCGUCAUCCACAUACGGGAGCAGUAGCCCAUCCACGGACUUCUUCAUCACGGAGGUUGAGGGAGAUGUAGUGCAGAACCCAGGCGGUGAGGAGGAAAUGGGCGUGCUGAAGGAAUACACAAUCAACAAGAGACUUCUUCCCGGAUUCGUCACGGCACAGACUGCUUCGUCGAUCGUGUUUAUCGGGCGCGCGCUAUCGAUGAUCAGGCUUCGUGGUGGAUUGGCCGCAACAAACGAGUCGACCGCGGCUGUCGCAUCACCUGAGAUGACACUGCUACCGAUGCAUCUGACGUUCUUGCAAUCCCUCAAAUCACCACUCACGCCACAGAAGCUCACAAACGCCAUCGCGGCAAUAAGAUUGUCGCUGUCGAGACAUACCCUGCAAACUCUCCUGCCAGCGGAGAAGGUUCUAGACGCCAUCCAUGUCCUGCGCGAGUUCUUCCUUCUCGGCCGUGGAGAAUUCGCACUCAACCUGAUUGAGCAGUCUUCUGAGCGUGUUCGCAACCGAUGGCGUCGGCCCGGUGCAUUGAAGGCUCCCACGGGCGGUGUACUGAUCAAGGAGGGCGAGGUAUCAGCGAUUCUAACACGCACCUGGGGCGUUCUCUCCUCCCUACAAGGCGAAGAAGUGAUCGACGAGCGUCUCGACACGGCACGAGAUCUACUAUUCCUUUCCCUCUACCAGCCACCAGCAUCCACGCCAGGCAAGAAAUCUGGGGACAGCUUUAAAGAUAUCCUCGUAGGCGUGCCAAUAUCUCUCAAUUUCCACCUCUCUUGGCCGCUGGAGCUAUUUCUACAGCCUACCGAUCUAGAGGAUUACGACUCCAUCUUUGCAUACCUUAUCGCGGUGCGGAAAGCACAGAUGCGUCUACAGAGUCUUUGGCAAGGCCGGCGGCAACCAGUGCAAACCCAUGUCACCAAAGAAGAACGCAUCAGCCGCAAAGCCGUCUUCCGUGAGCGCGAAGCCAAAGAGAGGAAGAUCUGGGCCACCGCCUCCGUCACGAUAUUCUUCCUCGAGACCCUAGUCUCCUACUGGCAAGGCGAGGUGAUCGAAAGUGCUUUCAAAUCACUAGUCGACAUCGUCUCACCGCCACAGGCAACUGCCGAUGACGACGAUGAGGAUGAAGGUGAUAUCUGGCGGCAUACAUCAACCAUGCUAUCGUCGUCUUCGCGCCCCAGUAUUGAUGAGGCCACUCUCCAAGACAUCGACCACGACCAGAAACAGCAGGAUCCCGAAAGUCUCAUGCGAGCCCACUACGCGUACCUUGUCUCCAUCCGGAGGAAUCUUUUCAUGGAGGAUAUUGUCUUCGCUCCGCUCAUCAAGAACCUCCUGCAGCAAUGUGAUGUGAUGGCCGGCGGGAUAGAACGACUGAGACAUCGAUAUACGAUACAGGAUUUGGACGUCCAGAACCUCAUGAUGGGCGAUGAGGAGUCGGCUAGGCAGGCGGUGCUGGAAAGGUGUAGGGGGGUCACAGCACUACUAAAGCAGUUGAUGGGGAGACUGCACCGGAUCGACGAGGAACGGGAAGAGUGGGAUGAUGGAAGGGGGGAGGGUGCGAAGGUGGAUCGAUUGCUUAUGAGGAUGGAUUUGGGGAAUCUGGAUGCGUAAACAGCGUGGAGGGAGUGAGGGAGUUUGGAGUUAGGGGCUUUUUGAUUACUGGCGGAGCAGGAUUGUACUUCGCGGCUGUUUACAUCAUUCGGAUGAGGUGAAGAAAGAUUGAAUUGCAGU